GGGCAUUUCAAUGGUUCUUGUUGGGGUAAAAUAUUGGAUAAAUUUACCGAAAGAAAUUAUGAUAUUAUAGGCUGGAAUCAGUAUCUGUAAACAUGGCAGAUGACGAUCCUAUCAGUAAAUUACACGAAGGAAAAGGAAAAUGCAAAACUUUCGGGCUUAACUUCAUGUUUCCUCUUAGUUUAUAUGACGAAAUUCAAACUUUGGAAAAUGAGGGCCCCGUUCGGAGCUUUAAUUGCGAAGAUCGGUUCGGUGCAAUGGAAACUGUAAUAACACUGAGCAGACGAAAUGAUAUGAUAGUGAUGAGUGUUCAAGGUCACAAUAUGUACAUGCUUCAGGAAAAAUACCACGUUGUUAUUGACAACAUUGUUGCAGAUGACAGUAAAAGGGAUGUCUCUGAAGAUACACUUACAUGGAAAACACUUGGUGGACCAGUUGAAGAUGAGCUGUUUAACUGGAAAACAAUCAAUGAACUCACCUUGGGAAUGAAAUCUGCAGAUCCUUCGGACACGCUCAAGAAUUUGAAAUAUCCAGGUUUUACACCAAGGCGUAGUGGUCGUGUGAGACAACCAAAGAGAAAAGUUGAUGAUCUCGUUGAAUCUCUUAUGUCAAGGAAUGCAAAGACAGUGAAGUAUGACCCAAAUUAUAUGGAGACUCCAUCAGAUAUGGUAGACAAUAGAGGGCCUGACAGUGAGAAACUUGUGCAUGAUUUUAAUGAGGAAGUUGACCUACCUCAUGAUACAGAUGUAAAACCUGAGCUUAAUGAUUCUGUUGGAACAGAAUCUGCUAAUGGACUUCAAGCCUCUGCUAAACAAGGAUGUGGUAGAUCAAGAAAAGGUGAACCAAAGAAAGCAAAACUCAAAACUAAACCAAAACCUAAAGCAAAGCCAUUAAAGGUUAAAUCUAAUACUACUGGGGAAAUAAAAACUGACAUACCUGAAUCUGAUUUGACAAUACUUGAGGUUAAACCAACAGUGGAUUUACCACCAAUAGAGGACAUUGUUUCAUAUGACAAACGAAUGGUUUCCUGUAAAUACUGUGACAAAACAUUUGCUAAAGGGUACCUCAUUUAUGUUCACUUGAGUGUCCAGCAUCCUGAGUUGAACAAAGAUGAAAUCAAAGUAUAUAAGACAGAGCUUGGGACAGAUAAAUGUAAAUACUGUGGAGAAAUGAAGAAUUCGCUACACAUUGAACGUCAUGAAAAGAGAUGUGCAAAGUUAGCCCAUGGCCAAGAAAAGACAAGAGUUUCAAAGACUGUACAGUGUAAAAUUUGUCUAAAGAUGAAAGCCAACUAUUGCACCUUAUAUGCCCAUGUCAGGGAUCAGCAUAGAACUCAUGAAGAUUGUGCUGCCUACAAGAAGGAAUUACAUCCUAUGUUAAAAGGAACUUGUGAAAAAUGUGGAAAAGAAUGCAUCAAUAUGUUGAUCCAUAGGAAAGAUGGCUGUGGGGACCAAACCAUACCAUGCGAACUAUGUUCUAAAAUGGUUUCCAAGAAACAUAUAGUGGAUCACAUGAAGCGGAUUCACCCAGAUAUGUAUAGGCAUAAUAAUGGGAAACCCAUAGAAAGCUUUCAUUAUAAAAUCUAUAAAAACCAAUGUACACAAUGUCAAAGAAAAUGCAAAAGUCACAAGCAGCUGGAGGACCAUAAGAAAGUCUGUCCUGGGAUGGUAGGGACAUCUGUCCUCCCUGAGACUGUUGCUCGACAGAAGCGUGGUCAGUCUGGAAAGAGCAAUACUGAAGUAUCUCAACAGGCUACAUAUAUUGAGUAUAAAACAAGCCUUGGGGAGGGGGCACAAACUAUGCAGGUUCCAGUCAUGAUUGAAUCAGAGGGUGACGCCAUGCGUGAGAUGUACAAGGGUAGCACUGCCACCUAUUAUACAUUUCCAAAUCUUCAGAGCAUGUUAAAUCUAGGUGACCAAGCAAAGUUGAAAUCAACUGAACAACAGCACCUUGCUGUAUUGUCUAAUAAACCAGAUGGACAGGAGCUUGUCAAUUAUGUUAACAUAACUGGAGAUGGACACACAUUUGUGAGGGAGGAUAGUAUCCAAAAUGAGACUCCUGAUGUCCAACAUGUUCAGACAGUGAGCACAACAAUUCCUCCGAUGGGGACCCAACAUGAACAGGAAGUGAAAUAUAUGAAUAACCCUAAAGAAGGGGAGCCAUUUAUUCCAUAUGGAGUAACAGGAAAUACUAAUGAUUACACUUCAUCCCAAACUAUAAUCUACGAGGAUGUUCAGGAUCGUCCAAUCACAAACCCUCAAAGUGCAACCACUGGUUUCCAUGACAACACUAGACAAAUCAUCUACCCUCAAUCUCAGAGUGUUCCAAUCUCCUACCCCUCCCUAUCAACCACAGAUACAUCCCAGCUCUAUCCAGGAACCAACAAACCAGUGUACACUGUCCCAGACCAACGCCUUACAUCUGGGACGGGGACUCAAAUAUCUCAAGUGUCAAACCAACAGAUUGGAAUGCCUAUGCCUGCUGCCAAUACAUGUAAUCCAUCUACAUCUUUUCUGUCUGCAUUGAACAAUGCUACCCCUACAUAUGGACCAAUGACAACUAGAACUGUAACACAAACGCUGGAGGAGACAUUUAAUACUAACCCUAAUGCAUAAUAGAUUAUGAAUAUUGUCCAAGGAAAGUGACAGAAUGAUCAAUUGCGUUGUUUACCAUGAAAUUUUUUCUAGUGUAUUCAUAUCUGAAUUCUCUUGACAUUUUCCGGACAAUUGUGAUUUUAGGGAUGACAGUGUCAGUCCAAAUACAUUAUGUUAUUUUGACAUCAUAUAAUGAAAAUGUAUGAAUGGAUAUGAGCAAAAUAGUGAACUGAUAAUAAUUCUGCUUUCUUUUGUAAAUCAGAUUAAAGAGAAGAAGCUGUAUUUGGAGUCACUGACAUUGAUUUUCACUUGUCACUCUUGGAUGGCCCAAGUCCAAUUUCCUCAAUAGGAAAUCACAAUCACAUUGAUAUUAUUGCAAUAUCACAGCCUUCUCUCAGGUUCCUUCUAGAUUCUUGUGCAUUGCAAAGAUGGUCUGAGUAUCAGAAUGACAUAAAAAGCCUUGGGCCAACCACCACCAAAGAUAUUACAAGUAAUUAGCCUACC